AUGGGUCUUCAAGGGCUUUCCCAACCAAAACCACUCUAUGGUUCUACCCACGGCAGGAACAUGAUGGCUGCACUGCAGGCAGCCCUGAAGAACCCUCCUAUCAACACCAAGAACCAGGCAGUGAAGGACCGUGCAGAAAGCAUUGUCCUCAAGGUCCUCAUCUCCUUCAAAGCCAAUGAUAUUGAGAAGGCAGUGCAGUCCCUGGACAAGAACGGUGUUGACCUGCUGAUGAAGUACAUCUACAAAGGCUUUGAGAGCCCCUCUGACAACAGCAGUGCUGUGCUGCUGCAGUGGCACGAGAAGGCCCUGGCUGCUGGAGGAGUGGGCUCCAUUGUCCGUGUCUUGACUGCCAGGAAGACGGUUUAA